AUGGACUAUGCCGGAAUGGAGGGCAACGAAAUCACUAUAGCGGUCAACGUUGUGCCGUUAGCACUGAUUACGAACUCAACGAAACUACAUGAUGUCGCCAAGUAUUCUAACGGUGCGCCUCGUUUGUCCAUUGUGAGCUCGGAAGAAUUUGCCUGGACAAAUUUCCCAGGAAGAAACAGCCCCAGUACCUACAAGGCGUUGAACGGCAAGCGCACUGCGAAGAUGCCAGACAGGUAG